AUGGCUGAAGCUUGCACUUUGUCCGCGAACGGAUCCUGCGGAAUCGCAAACCGCUCCUGGAGUGAUGAGCGGGGUAUCCGAGACCGCGGCGACACUGAAUAUUUUGUCUAUAUCGCUGAGACCACCGUGCUGCCCUCAUUCAUUGGCUUUUUAUGCUCAACCGGACUAGUGGGAAAUAUUCUCGUUUUGGUGACCAUCUUGCGGUCAGGGAAGAAGACCGUCCCUGAUAUCUACAUGUGUAACCUGGCUGUGGCUGACCUGGUACAUGUGACUGUCAUGCCGUUCCUCAUCCACCAGUGGGCGCGGCAGGGCCACUGGGUGUUCGGCAGCACCCUCUGCACCAUCAUCACCUCCCUCGACACGUGCAACCAAAUCGCAUGCAUUGCCAUCAUGACUGCCAUGAGCGUAGACAGGUACCUGGCCCUGGUUCACCCCUUCCGCCUGAUGGCCCUCAGAACUCGCUCUAAGUCCAUCUGGAUCAAUUUGUUCAUCUGGGCUGCCUCUCUUAUUCUAGUGCUGCCCACCUGGGUCUACUCCAAAGUCAUCUGCUUCCAAGACGGGCUGGAGAGCUGCUCCUUUGACUUGAUGUCCCCCCACGAGGUGCUUUGGUACACCCUCUAUCAAAGCACCACUUCCUUCUUCCUGCCUCUCCCCCUCCUCCUGGUCUCCUACAUCCUCAUCCUCAGCUACACCUGGAGGAUGUACCGGCAGAACAACGCAGCACGUCGAUACAGCAGCAGUGUGCCACGGGAGCGCGUUGUCCGCCUGACCAGGACCGUCCUGGUGCUGGUGGGCGUGUUCCUGGUGAGCGUGGGCCCGUACCAUGUGAUCCAGCUGGUGAACCUAGGCGUGGCCCGGCCCACGCUGACCUACUCCGUCUGCUACUACCUCUCCAUCUGCCUCAGCUACGCCAGCAGUGGCCUCAACCCCGUCAUCUACAUCCUGCUGAGCGGCCACUUCCGCCGGCGCCUGAUGGGUAAGACUACACCCAGCAACCGUAGCACCGACCGGCAUGUCCAAAACCCUGAUGCCAACACGGCCAAAUCCAGCCCAGAAACACUGGCCUGA